UGGGGAGACGCGUCAUUCCCUGGAACCUUCCGACUUCCUUGCUGUUUGGGUCGUCCGUCUGCCCAUCGCUGGCCCCAGGCUCGCUCUCUGGCCCCAGCCCUCUCUCGCUCUCUCUCAGCAGCUGUCUCUCUCGUGCCCGCUGGCCUGCCUCUCCUUCCCGGCAGUCGCCUCCGCCUCUGCCUGCCUGGGUGGCCGCCAUGGGCCGGAAACGGCUCAUCACUGACUCCUACCCUGUAGUGAAGAGGAGGGAGGGCUCCGCUGGGCACAGCAAGGGGGAGUUGGCACCAGAGCUAGGGGAAGAGCCCCUACCCCUGAGCGUGGAUGAAGCGGAGCUGGAGCUGCUGAGGCAGUUUGACCUGGCCUGGCAGUACGGGCCCUGCACAGGGAUCACACGGCUGCAGCGCUGGCAUCGGGCAGAGCAGAUGGGCCUGAAGCCUCCCCCAGAAGUGCGUCAGGUGCUACAGAGCCACCCCGGGGAUCCCCGCUUCCAGUGCAGCCUCUGGCAUUUCUACCCCCUCUGACGCGCCACCGAAGACCUCCCGCCUGCUACUUGAGAACCGGACACAAGCCAGAGCCAGCUGCUGCCCCGCGGCUCAGCUCUGCUGUGGAGAGCAUUUGGCAGAAAAGAGGCUCACAGGGAAGGAAAGAGGCUGAAUCUGGAGGUCUAACCAGCAGGGUUCCAGGGCCCUCUCUGAGAAUCAACACAGCGGAAGCCAGGUGCCCCCUACAUGGAGAGUGGUCUCUGAGGACAAGGGCCUGGCCAUGACCCUUCUGAAGCCUGCCACACCCCUGACCUGGAGCCCGUGGUCCCUGGCAUAAUGUGGCCAAUCAGGCGCAGCUUUGGGCAGAACCAGACUCCGGCAGAAGGCAGAUGACCUCAGAGGCCAAGAUGCACCCGCACCUCAGGCUGGGAGCCUGAGGGCAGAACUGGCUGAGCUCACAGGGCAAGGGGUUCACUAGUGCUUAUCAAUAAAGAACUCUGAGCCUGGAAA